AAUCACGCCCGUUGCCCUGGCAACUGAAGUCUGAGGAACAGCUUGGCUGUCCGUGGACUCGGUCUAGAUGAAAGCAGACGAGUCGAGGAGAGCAGCAGUCAUAAACUCAAGCGUUUUUGCUCACUUGGGAGGAGUUUUAAUCGAAGAUGAAAGUAUUAACAGUUAAUACUUUAGACACGUUUCCGUGUUGUUAACGUUAGUUGAAAAUUCAGCGAGAGGAGCUGUUUUAUUAAGUGAGGUAGCGUGAUAGUAUUCGUUUCACUGCAUCAGGUCACCUGUUGGACUGGGCUUGCAGGUAAAAACGGGUAUCGGUACACAAAUAAAACGAAUCGACGUUUAUAACAGCCGUUAUGAUUCCUGAAUGUCCACGAACGACCGAGCCCAGAAGCCGCAUUCGGUGUGAAUCCGGUCAGAACCGCUCCGGUUUGCUGCGCGAGAUCCGGACCGCUGUCAGGAGCGAGCCGUUCACCGAGCGCUAUGACGUCAUCCCCGGCAAAGAGCUGGGCAGAGGAAAGUUUGCUGUGGUGAGGAAGUGUGUGGAGAAGAGCACAGGGAAAACAUAUGCAGCGAAGUACAUGAGGAAGAGGAGGAAGGGCCAGGAUUGCAGAACGGAGAUCCUUCACGAGAUCGGCGUGCUGGAGCUGGCAGCGGCCUGUCCACGAGUCGUCAAUCUCCACCAGGUCUACGAGACGGCCUGCGAGAUGGUGCUCCUUCUGGAAUAUGCAUUGAAUCCCUACAAGUAUGUCAAAGCAUUUGCACUUUGGCAUUGGGAUAUAAUGCAAAUCCUGUUGUGGAAGAGCAAUAGAGAAGGAUAUUCCGGGGCACUGGGACGGUUUGAAGGAGGGGAUGUGGUUCUGGAUGGGGGUCUGGCUGGAAUGAUAGAGGACUUAUUCAUGCUUUUUCUCCAGCUGGGAGUUCAUUAUGUCAGCGCUCUCAGCACCUCUUUCCUUUCUUUCCAUCUUCCCCCGGGUGAGGGAUAUUUCGGGGCACUGGGACGGUUUGAAGGAGGGGAUGUGGUUCUGGAUGGGGCUGUUUCCUCCUACACCGUAGGAGAUUGCAGCGACUGCAGCUCCUGUGGUGUGAGAUCUGAGCCCAAAUGGAGGCUGAUGCUGGACAGAGAGGAAUGCACAUCUUCCAUCAGAGGAGCCUUUCAUUCAAUCCUAAUGAUUUACUCGGACUGGCUCAGUGUGCUUUUGUCAUUUGACUGUGAAGAGCUUCUGGAAAUAGAUCGGUGGUUAAAGGCAUCACCCUUCUGUUUGAUCUCUAAUGUGAACGUCAUCCAGAAGAACAAGCUUCACAUGUGUAACAGAGGAAAAGCUGUGGAGCGGGUUUGGCACCGCUGGACGCUCAUUACUCGUGUCUCUAAAGGACAGCAGACAGAAGAGCCUCUGAAAGCCCAUGUUUUACAGCUGAGCAUCGGUGUCCUGGCGUACGUGAUGCUGACGGGGAUCUCGCCGUUCCUGGGGGACGAUAAGCAGGAGACCUUCCUCAACAUCUCUCAGAUCAACAUCAGCUACACGGAGGAGGAGCUGCAGCAUCUGGACAGAGCCGCCAUCCACUUCAUCAAGAGCCUGCUCAUCAAAGAGCCAGAGAGCCGAGCCACCGCAGAAGACUGUCUGAAGCACCAGUGGCUCCAGCCGGAGGAGGCCUGUCUGGAGAGCGUCUCGGAGCCCGUCGGUCCUGCUGAUGAAGACGAGGAGGAGGAGGAGCUGAUCGUGAUGGCUGCUUACACCCUGGGCCAGUGCCGCCAGUCCUCCGAUGAACCGAGCCUGACCCCGGAUCAGAAGGCCAUCUCCAAACGCUUCAAGUUCGAGGAGCCCUUCUCUGCGCGGCCUGGAGAGUUCAUCUACUGAGGCACACUUCUGUCCUUCUGUCUCUGCGCUUCUCUCUCCUCGUGAUUUCAAUUGUAAGCCAAACCGUUUCUGUUUCACUGGUUGCUCUUGUUUCUGUUUGUGCUGCUUUAUAUGUUCACGGUUAAGAUCCUGAAGCCUUGCUGUGGUUCUCUCUUUCUUUGGUGCCAUGCUUACAUACUCGAUAAGGGUGUUUGUGCAAAAUGAAUGUUGUGUGUUUUUCUGCGACACGAGGGCAAGCAGAAUUAAAUGUAAAUUAACCCAGUUUUAUUUUAAGAGUAUUUCCGUGUCAUGUUUAAAAAAAGCCAUUUUGUAUGUUGAGCUCCUGGCUGACGUUAAGGUAUUUCCCGGAUAAAUAUUUCACAGCAAUAACACUUCCAUUCACACGCAUAUAUAUAUAUAUAUAUGAAGAGCGUGUGUCUUUCUGUGUGUUUAUUUUAACUCAUGUUAGAGUUAUAACUGUAAAUUGAUUUGUCACUGUAAAGAAUAUUUUUAAGUGACUGUCUUGAUGCUGUAAAUAAAAGUUUGU